UGUCAACCGCCAAAAGAACCAACAAAGAAGGAACAGGAAGCAGGAAGUAUGAAAGCAAUCGAAAGCCUUGCUUAGUUAUCUGAACUCAAACGGCGGGUUUCUUUGGGUUAAAAAUGCGUUAUGAAUUCAUACAGUGCGCAUAAAGUAUAAAAUAGUUUUAUAUCCAGUUAGUUAUCUUGCAGUUCGCAUCAGUCUCCAUGAAGCCCCCUCCUCGUAAACGAACUAAGCGGACUGUCUACUCGUUUCCUGAACCUGUAACCACGACUAAGGUGGACCUCAAAUGGAAACGAGGGGAACAGAGGAAACUCCUAUAUGCACUGAAAAGGCUGUGGAAGAAUGAAGGGGGCAAUUCAGAGAUCAACUAUGCUACCCUGAAGAAGUCGGUUCCUACUAGGUCAGCGUCAGAGAUCCAGAGUUUUGUGGAAUCCCUAAAGGACAAAGUGAUUUCUUCUGUCAGCAUAGAGCUGAAAAAGAAGGAUUUGGAGGAUAAGAAGGCAGCGAAGCCUAUUGAGCUGUGGACAGAAAUGGCUUCAUCUAUUGCUGGAAAACACGAAGCAAUGAUUUUUGCUGCUUUUUCUCAGAUGCUGACAGUGGCGUCCACGGAGCCUGACACACUGAGGCACUGUGAUCCUCCACAGGUGUACAGACCACCCUCAGAUGAAAGCCGGCCCGUUGGACGCACCGUACCUUUCAGACCGUUACCUCGUUCACCUGUCCAAGCCAAGCUCCCUGGUACCAGCACAAGUUCUCCUUUGGUGGUCAAGACCCAAGAUGCAACCAAGGGCCCAAUAAUAGCACUUCAGACACCAACCCAAGUUGUUAGUGAGCAAAACAUCAAACAAGUCCCACCCCAGCAACAGCCUUCUACCAUCACUCUAAGCCUGCCUGCUGCUACCUCCAAACAGCUGGAUGUGGCAGAAGUAGUAACUGAGCCAUACUCUGCAUCUCAGAUUGUGAAACCAGUCACAAGUCCUGGGACGCCCAAUUGCAGUUGUACAGCAGUGGGAGAGACCCAGGAAAAGGACAGCUUUACCCACCUGCAGCCUGGUUCCCUCUGUAGCAGCUGUACUAGUAAACUCCCUUCAUGUGGUCCUCAAACAUCCCCCUGUUCUCUUGUGACCAACAUCACCCCAGGCUUCUCCACUACUGCUACAUCUACUGUUCCCUCUUCCACCACCAUCGCCCCAGCUUCCAGUACUGCUACAUCCACUGUUGCGUCUUCCACCACUUUUGCCCCAGGCUUCACUACCGCUACACCUACUGUUCCCUCUUCCACCACCAUCACCCCAGCUUCCAGUACUGCUACAUCAACUGUUCCCUCUUCCAGUUUUACCACCUCUACCUGCUCCGACACAAGCUCAGCGCCACCACUCUCUACUCCUGCCACGCCGCUUCAUGACAAGUGUGGUCGCACCAGCAAAUGUGCUUCAGAAGACAUCCCCAGGACAUUUGGUGUUAAAUUUAUAGUGGACUUUGAGAAGAUCUAUCACUUUUUGAGUGUCAUCUCCAAACCGAACAUGGACUGCCAGUUGACACCCAUGGAGAGCGCCAUAGUUUUGGACCUGUUGAUGUCUCUCCCAGAGGAAGUCCCCCUACUCGACUGUGACGAACUUCAGAAGCAUUUUGUCCAGGUGUACCGGUGUCUGUCUGCCCCUGCAGACUCUAAGAUUUCAAGAGAAAGGUUGAAGAACCUAAGAGACAGUCUCUCUGGUCAGACAGAUGCACAGGCAGGUGCGAGCAGCGCCCGACCAGACACAGACAGUGGUGGGGAGACGCUGCAGGCGAAUGAAGCAGAGCACCAAGGAGCCUCAGGGGGCAAUAACGCGGACAACCAGCCGGGGGAGGCAGACCUCAUGGAACCCUGGCCUCUUCUCAACCCGUUCUUGGUGCCACUGAAACUUUUGAAGCGCAAAUAGGUUGAAAACAAAUGUGUUGUUUAGUUAUUCUUAGUCUAAUAAUGUAUUGAUUUUUGUUUCAAUAAAGUUCAUCUUUGUGCUGCUUUUAAGACAAACACUUACGCACUUUGAUUUGUUUUAUUAAAUGUGUUCUACUGCCA